AAAUGCAGUAGUGUAUUCACUGUCACUGUGGUAAUAGCAGAUUUGUCUCCCAAUUUAUGUACCAAAGGGCAGAAAAUCGGAAUUCACAGAGCACCUGAAGUGGUCCUUCUGGCUGCUGCUCUGUGAUUGGUUAGAUUUCUUACACGUACACAGUCUGCCGCAAAGUUUUUACUAACUUUCAACCACUGUGAUUUUGUGUAUUUCUAUAAAAACUAACAUUUCUAAUUUUUGAAAAAAACAUAAUUUUGUACCUCGGCUUAAAUGUAGUGGUUUCAGACAGGUCAUUUUAGACUUGUAGUUGCUAGCUUGUCCAGUGGGAGGUGGUAAUGCGCCACAAAACUGAUUAUUACGGAUCGAAGAAGAAACCCGGAACUGCCAAGCGGCGUAUUUGUUAAUUCCACGCUUAAGUCAAGCUGCUCUCUGAACAUCUGCAACACCUUUGUUUUGUUAAGUUAGUAGUAUGUCGUCUAACAGACAGCAGUGCUCAUGUUGCUCCCAUCAAGUUUCCAAUCCCAGUGUGCAUCAGACGCUGAAUGAAAUGGAAUUUGAACGAGUAGGGAUCUGGUCUGCUGCCAUGGACGGGGACUUGGACAGGAUCAAAACUUUGGUCUUUAAAGGCACAGACCCUAAUGUGAGAGACGCAUCUGGUUAUGCAGCUCUGCAUUAUGCGAGUCGCAGCGGUCACCUUGCUAUAUGCAAGUUUCUUCUUGAGAAUGGGGCUUGUUCGUCUCCCCAGACGCCAGGCGGGGCCACACCACUGCAUCGCUCGGCUUAUUGCGGUCAUCUGGAUGUGGCCAGGCUUCUCUUGCAUCACAGGGCAGAUCCAAUGCUCUGUGAUGACGAUGGCGCGUCCCCUUUACAUAAGGCUGCAGAGUGUGGUCAUGAAGAGGUGUGUCUGCUGCUUCUUGAGCACUGCCCAGCACUUUGCAACCAGACGAACAAGAGGCUGCAGCUACCUCACCAGUUGGCACAGAAGGCACAUCUGCAGGAGCUGCUGAAACCGCAUCGGUGAUGAUGGGCAUGUGGGGAAAUUUAUGUAGGCUUCAUAGACAAUAGGUGGGGAUCAGCUUAGCAUAUUUUAAUAUCGUAACAUACUUUUUUUCAGUUGAACAUUCAGAAAAACAGUACAACAUUGUUCUUCUUAUACUUGCAUAAGCGGUUCAGCUGAUGAGUGAGAGAGUAUAUGGGUUUAUUAUUUGUGUAAAAAUUACACCUAAGACACACACAGGUGCAGAACAAGCAUAAAAACUAUCUGCUUAUAGACAGUGUAGUUUAAAAGGCACCACGUCUUGUAUGCAUGAAUUUAUCUUUAAAAUGUCCAAAUGUGAUUUAACUUUAAAAGGCAGAAAGCAAGAAACGCAGUAAUGACAUUAGAUAAUAGGGAAUGACUUGGUAAUGAGAUGCAAAUUCUAUACCAAUUUAAAAACUCAGUCAUGAAGCUAAGAAGCAAAACGCCUACAUUAUCUCACCACAACAUUUAAAAGGAGCAUGUUUGACUGAACGUUUAAGAACUGGUUUAUUUGCGUAUGCUUGGAGUUUGUUUUUCUAACAGCAGGGGGCGCUGUGGUCUUAGAAACACUAUUUUUAUUUAUUCUCAGUGUGCCAUGUGAAUUAUCUGGCAGCUUCAACACAGUAACCUCAUCUGGUCCUCCCAGCUCACUGCUGGAAAACUAAACAGAAUGACUGUGAUUCUAUAAAGACAGAGAAGCAUCCGUCCAGCUAAGGCAGCAUUUUCAUCUGCUAGUUACUUGUUGCAACAUGGUUGAUAGUUAAUUGUCUCAUUUUAAGUAUUAUACACUUUGUGACAUAGGACAUUUUGUGCUUGUGGUUGUUGAUGCCAUAAAUCAAAUUUAGAUAUUGGUGUCACCAUGAAAACUGGUGCUAAAUUACGAGAAGGAGCCGUCAGAACUGAGCUUUUAACACACACAGCUCUUUACUGUGAAUGUUUUCCUCUUGUAUUUAUAUGUAAAGGAAACGACGGACGGAAGCCUGGGGCUGAAUAAAGUUUCCAUAUCUGCUGAAA